GCCUGAGACAUGCAUGCCAAACUGCAGGACAACAUGUACGUCCCCAACCCCCUUCAGCUCGUCACUUUGAUCGCUAGCGUGGCCGCGCACCCUGCGCCGCAAGAGGCGUCCACAUCAGUGAUCACCACUGACGCGCCUGCGCCUGCAUUGAGCUCGGCUAUCGCCCUCGCCACCAGUGACCGCUUCGCCACCCGCUCCAGUGCUCUGCCCUCACUGGGGUCCACUGCCCGCUUUAGCGAGUUGACCGAUAUUUCCACGCGCCCCAGCCCAACGAGAGUCCGCAACCUAGUCACCUCAUACCACACCUUGACGCGCACCCGCACCUUGUCCGGGAUCGUCUUCGUGACGACCGAGACACGGAAAACAGUGUUUCGGACGUUCUCGAAAGAGCCCACGAACAAAGCGGAGUAUAUCGCGGCGUCCCUCGAGCUGUUCCUCCCUAUCGGAAUCCCAGGAGUUGUGGUGCUUGUCUGGCUCUGCUGGAUGUUGUGCCGACAUGUGGGUACAGUCCCAGCGAAGCUUACUCCUGACGAUCUCGAACGUGCUCCGCGGAUGUGUGAGAGCCACUCUGGCGGCUGUCGGAGAUCGUCAGACGAAUGUGGAAUGUUUCGGGACAUCGGAGCCUCGGAUGCUUUUGGCGUGGCCGGGACUAGCACAGCACUGCAGCACCCCAGAUAGCGUACCCUGGCCGCUAACUGCGAACUACCACGAAUUAGGGCGAUUGAAGAAUGGGGUGAUGCAGAAGAAGUG